CCCACCCCCCACUUCCCUUCCCGCGCACUCCCGCGCCCCCUCCCUCUUCCCGCGCGCGCACGCCGCCUCUCACGCGGAGCCGCGAGCGCGCGCAGGGCACACGCGCGGCGGGGGGGGGGCGCGGGCGGCCGCGCGCGCCCGCGGGAGCGGCGGCAGCAGCGAGGAGCGGCCCCGGCCCCGCGGCCCCGCGGCCGGACCCCCCCGCGCCACCCCGACCGCGCCGCGCCCGCCCCCGGCCGCCACUUCCCCUUGAGGGGACGGGCCGGGCCGGGCCGCGCCGCCGCGCCGGGAGAGGAGCGGAAAGUGGGGAAAGCCCGAGAACUUCCCGUCUGCCCGCCCGCGCCUGCCCCGCCGGGCUCCGCCGCGUCCCUCCAGAGAGAUGUCCGAGGCUCCCGCGCAGUGUUGCAUCAAGGUUUGCAGCCAGUUUACUGGAGCAGGGAGGAUGUGGCACAGUGGCUCCGGUGGGCGGAGAAGGAGUUUUCCUUGAGGCCCAUUGAGAGCAACACCUUUGAGAUGAAUGGCAAAGCUCUGCUGCUCCUGACCAAAGAGGACUUUCGAUACAGGUCCCCUCAUUCAGGUGAUGUUUUGUAUGAACUCCUUCAGCAUAUCCUGAAGCAAAGGAAAGCUCGUAUGCUCUUCACACCUUUCUUUCACCCUGGGAACUCUAUCCAUGCUCAGCCAGAGGUCAUAUUGCACCAGAAUCAUGAUGAAGAUAGCUUUGUGCAGAGACCCUCGAGACCCUCCGCAGAAGCAGUCCACCACAACCCCCCAACCAUUGAACUGUUGCAUCGCUCGCGGUCACCCAUCACCAACAAUCACCGUCCGUCGCCAGACCCCGACCAGCGCCCGCUGAAGUCCCCCAUGGACAACACCCUGCGUCGCCUGUCCCCGGCCGACAGGGUGCCGGGGACCAGGCACCAGCAUGACAACAGCCAGCAGGAGCCCUAUCCUCUCUCAGUGUCCCCGAUAGAAAACAACCACUGCCCGCCUCCUUCCGAGGUGCUCCAGAAGCCCUCCAGCCCUCGCCAGGAGAACACCAGGGUCAUCCAGCUGAUGCCCAGCCCUAUCAUGCAUCCUUUGAUACUGAACCCCAGGCACUCCGAUUUCAAACCACCGAGGUUGUCCGAGGAUGGGCUGCACAGGGAGGUGAAGCCCAUCAACCUGUCCCACCGAGAGGAGUUAGCUUAUAUGAACCACAUCAUGGUGUCUGUCUCCCCUCCCGAGGACCACGCGAUGCCAAUCGGCAGGAUAGCAGACUGUAGGUUGCUUUGGGAUUAUGUUUAUCAGCUGCUUUCUGACAGCCGGUACGAAAAUUUCAUCCGAUGGGAAGAUAAGGAAUCCAAAAUAUUUCGGAUAGUGGAUCCCAACGGGCUGGCCCGUCUGUGGGGAAACCACAAGAACAGAACAAAUAUGACCUAUGAGAAAAUGUCCAGAGCCCUACGCCACUACUACAAACUAAAUAUUAUCCGGAAGGAGCCAGGACAAAGGCUUUUGUUCAGGUUCAUGAAGACCCCAGACGAGAUCAUGAGUGGCCGGACAGACCGCCUCGAGCACCUUGAAUCCCAGGAACUGGAUGAACAAAUAUACCAGGAAGACGAGUGCUGAAGGAAACAGGUGCACCACCUCUGUGGGUCCAGGGGAGAAACAUCUGCCCGACGGCCGGCACGGUUUGGGAGGGGAGCAACAACACAGGAGCAGUACUUGAGGUCGCCGCUUAGCUUGAAGACCACGCAGGACCUGAAGCACCUUAACAAAACAAACUAACAGGCAGAAGUGGUGCUGGCAGGAAAGCAAAGGGGAGAAAGCCUGGACUUAUGCACUACUUCACUGUUCCUACAAAGUCUCCCUUGAGUUUUUUCUUUCUUUUUGGUUUGUUUCAGUUUUGGGGGUUUUUUGUCAUUUUUUUUUCCCUAAUAAACAUGCAGUUUGACUUUCCUUAUCUCACAUAGGACAAGA